GGCCGCGGCCGCGGGAACGGGAACGGGAGCGGCGUCGGCCGCGGAAACGGGAACGGCAUCGGCAUCGACAUCGGCCGCGGGAGCGGGAGCCGAAACAGGAACAGCCGAGGGAGCGAGCGGGGCCCGGCGCGCCCGAUCUUCCUUGAUCCAAUUAUGAAAAAAUGUUUAGAAAAGGAAAAAAGCGACACAGCAGCAGCAGCUCACAAAGCAGUGAAAUCAGUACCAAAAGCAAGUCUGUAGAUUCCAGUCUUGGGGGACUUUCCAGGUCUAGUACUGUGGCCAGCCUAGAUACAGACUCUACAAAAAGUUCAGGACAAAGCAAUAGUAAUUCUGAUACAUGUGCAGAAUUCAGAGUUAAAUAUGUUGGUGCCAUUGAAAAAUUGAAAUACAAUGAGAGCAAAAGUCUUGAAGGGCCACUGGACUUGAUAAAUUACAUAGAUGUUGCACAGCAAGAUGGAAAGUUACCUUUUGUUCCAGGUGAAGAGGAGUUUAUUAUGGGAGUUUCCAAAUAUGGCAUUAAAGUUUCCACAUCUGAUCAGUAUGAUGUGUUACAUAGGCAUGCUCUCUAUUUGAUUGUACGGAUGGUGUGCUAUGAUGAUGGUCUGGGAGCAGGAAAAAGUUUACUGGCUUUGAAGACAACAGAUGCAGCCUCUGAAGAAUGCAGCCUCUGGGUAUAUCAGUGCAAUAGUUUGGAACAAGCACAAGCCAUUUGCAAAGUGUUGUCUACAGCCUUUGAUUCGGUUUUAAUGUCGGAGAAGUCCUGAUUUCUGUCAGCAGCAGUGUUUGUGUGGGAGGCACUGGGGCCCCUCGUGACACCAUGGACAGCUUGGAGCCACACACAGUCCUGGGAAAGACUUACUGUGCAAACAAGAGCCACACAGCCUUGCACAUGGUACUCUGGCAUUCCCCAAACAUGACUUGAAGAUUCCAUCUUCAAUGUCCAGGACAUUACAGAAUUUUAUAUUUAACACAAUUUCUCUUUUUCCUAAAUCAUGUUUUGUAUGUUAAUGUCAAUAUUGCAGAAAUGUAAAAUAAAACUGACACUUGCUUCUACCUCAUUGUCUGAGAAACAAUUUGUUAAUACAGACUUUGAU